ACUGGUUAAACUUGUUACUCAAAAAUAGCUGAACAUGAAAUGAGUUACGUGACAGUGCGAGUAUUGGGGAGAAUAUGUGCACGUUGUCUGUUUCCUGAAAGAAAAUCAAUAAAUAAAAACUUCCGGUCUGCGUUAGUUUGUGAAUCAGUGCCUCGUGAUUCACAGCUGUAACCACACUCGGAUACUUAAUUUCCUCCGAUGACCUUUGGCAGACUUUCAGCCAGACAUGGUGUAACAGGCAGGAGCGUGAAAGGUGCUCUGGUCUCCGAGCCAAAGAUGAGGGGAAACUUCAGGAACUUAUUUUUCCUCUGUGGAUUGCUUCUUAUGUUUUCAUCUCACACAGCUGGUCAGACAUGCAGGGGACGGUGUGGAGAUGUCCUGGAGAAGUGCUCCUGCCGCGCCACCUGUAUGACUUUGAUGAGCUGCUGUGCAGAUUACAACCAGUCCUGUUUCCAGGUGAUGCCUCACUCCAGCUCCAUGCUGGGUGGAGAAGCGCUCAGGUGUCUCAGUUUGGACCUUCCUCCCGGUGGGAAGCUUCUCUGCAGGUUCAAAGGUGAAAUUUUACGUGAUGGAUUUAUUGAUGCUGAGGGCCACGCGUACUGUAUCUCUCCUCUGUUGUAUGAGACGGGUUGGAUACCGUUUGAUGUCUCCACAGACGGCAUCAAUUUUGACCGAUCUGCACAGUAUUUUUCAGUCCAUCCCAGUAAAGCAGACCCUACUUCCAAAGUUAUCCUGGUGAAUGCAACGCAGUGGCAAAACUACGGCACACCGAAUGUGGGGGGGCGACUGAAGAUGACUUGGAACAAUUCUUUGAUUCGAGCAGAGAGGAUCAACGUAGAGCUGUGGGCUUACAGAGAGUCCCAAACAGGAGGAGGGACGAAUGCAUCGCCCCCACCGCAGGCCCAGCUGCACUACCUCUACUCUCUUGGAAGAAAUCUGACCAACAGCGGUGCCUUCAGCUUCAGCCCCAAACCCAGACGGGAAUACUCUGACUGGGAGCUGGGAAAUAUCCGCAUUACUGCAGGUUCCACCGCAGAAGGAGAAAGAGAUGUGCGAGGCCUCUGGAGUGGCGCUCACCUGUUAGCCUGGCACCUGGAGGAGGCUUUCAGAGAGAACUCUGCAGCCUGGGCGCGCAGCAGGUGUCUGCAGUGGGACGACCUGGAGACAAACCUGCCAGACUUCCUCAGUGAGCUCAUCGACUGUCCCUGCACCUUGGCUCAGGCCCGAGCAGAUACGGGCAGGUUUCAUACUGAUUCUAGCUGUGACAUUGAGCGGGGCAGUGUGUGCACUUACCAUCCAGGUUGUGUCCACUGUGUUCGAGCGAUUCAGGCCAGCCCUGAACACGGAGCAGGGCAGCAGUGCUGCUACGACCACUCAGGUGAUCUGGUGUUCACGGGAGACUCGGUCGGCGGAAGCACCCCGGACAGAGCUCACGACUGGGGCUCGCCCCCCUACGUCCAACCCCCGCGGGUGCCGGGGUAUUCCCACUGGCUUCAUGAUGUCCUGAGCUUCUACCACUGCUGCCUGUGGUCAGACCGCUGCCACGUCUACUUAAAACAUCGCCCUUCGAGUGGGUGUCAAAACUACCAGCCACCAAGAGCAGGUGUCGUCCUCGGGCAUUCGCAUUACGUGACGUUCGACGGCCUCAGAUACACUUUCAGCGGUAAAGGAGAGUAUCACCUCGUGUCCUCCCCAGAGACAGAGCUGAGUGUUCAGGUCCGAACAGCACAGGUGAAGCUGAAGAACGGUACUUUGGCCAGAGCCACACGGCUGUCAUCAGUUGCUAUGAAACAGAACGGUUCGGAUGUUAUUGAGGUGCGUCUGGCAGCAGGAGCCCGCCUUCAGGUGCUGAAGAACCAAAGCGUCCUCCCGUUCACUGAGCAGAGCUGGAUGGAGCUACACGGAGUUUUCGUGUUCAGCUCCUGCCCCGAGAGCGUGACUGUGACCUUUUCCUCCGGCGCUGCUGUGGAGGCUCGUAUGUUUGGAGGAAACAUGGCGGUGACCGUGCUGCUUCCAGCAGAGUUUAACCGCCACGCCCGGGGUCUCCUGGGUUCGAUGAACUCCGACCCGUCAGAUGACCUCACCACGCAGCUCGGUGAGGUCAUCCCCUCAGCUAACGCCACGUCGGAGGAGGUUUUUACCUUUGGAGCCGGCUGGAACAUUUCAAAGAACUCCUCCCUGUUCACCUAUGACUCGGAGCACCUGUUGCACCUGUAUUCUGUCCCAUCGAGCCACGACGCGGCCUUCGUUCCAGCCUUUUCUCCUCCUCAGAGCCUUGAUGACCCUUUGGUGGCAGACGUGUUGGUGAUGUGUUACGGAGAAGGGGCGCAGUUCUGUAAACACGAUGCCCUGAUGACUCAGAACCUCACGGUGGGAAAUGCCACCCUCAGGGCCUACGAGGAACACCGAGCCCUGAUGGAAGCCCUGAAGCCAGUGGUGUCUUGUGGCUGGCUUCCCACACCAAGGAAUGGGAGAAAGAAUGGGACUCGUUACCUGGAGGCGAGUACUCUGAGCUUCACCUGCAGCCAAGGCUACAUAAUGUAUGAAUCUGCAGAGCGCACCUGUCUGGGUGACGGGACCUGGACGGGAGAGCAGCCCUACUGUAUCACAGAUGAUCAAGUGGGCUUUGUACUCGGUGCUGUUGGUUCCCUCUCAGCUCUGGUUGCAGUGGCAGUAAUGAUCAAACUGCACAACAGGAAACAAAAAAGAGAGAGAAAAGACGAGCCGAUCCAGAUGGUGAACCAAGAGCAGACCUGCUAAACUCUGAGUCCUUUUGAAUUAUGGACCGAUCAGCGAUGGCCACAAACAUGUUCAGAGCUGAGCAUUUGGACAUCGCGCUGCCCAAUAGGAUGGCGCUGUUCUCUUGACCUGUUGACCUUACGGAGUAAACCUCAGGCACGAUGCUUUCAGCUUGUUGUUUGGCCUCAUGUUUUUGCUCUUGUUUAACUUGGAAAAGCUCCAGGUUGUGGUAAAUGGUGCAUGGGGUGACGACUGAGGGAACUGAAGAAAAGGAAAAAUGCCACAGUUGUUUUUAUAUCCUCGUUCUGCAUGACCGAGCGUCCGAUCUUCGUCAGAGAGAGAAUUGUAUAAAUACUAAAUGGAGUUAUCAUCAUUACAAUCAACACCCCCUUCGGUUUAAAAUGGGACCAGAUGUGUUCAGACUCAUGUCAAAUGUGAAGUGAACCCGAUCGUUCUUUGGUUGAGAAACGCUGAACUCAGCGCAGCCUACGUGUGGGCUCGAAGCCUUCAGUCAAACCAAGGGUUUUGCUGAGUGACUGAGAAAUCCACAAAUGUUACAUAAAGGUCGACUUUUUACGCUCUGUCAACACUCGCUUUCUGAAUUUUUGUGUACAUGAAGAAGUUUGCCUUCGGUGCUUUCAGAGGCUCGGCGAGUGUCUUUUAGAUGAAACUAAAGCUAACCAGGAAGAAGCUUCUCUUUAUUCUCACUGGAAAUAUUUGUAAUAAUAUAUAAUCUGUAUUUGAAAAACAAUGCCGGAGUAAAAGAAUCUGACUCACAGAGGAAAUCAAUAAAUCAUUGUGUUGUACUA